AUGAAUCUGAUUCCUGCAAAGCGGGUCACUGUCCACGUCCGGACGCUGACCAACUAUUCUUCCUCCAUUGGAUUGUUGAGACGUCGCCAUAAAUCCAAUCAUGUGAAGUUCAUCGACGCCCGAUUCUCCAGACGACGAGAUUUCCACGAUUAUUUUGUGACACGCCUGCCCUCGUCCUCACUUCAUCCGGAUCCGAGAGGCCCGUUGACCUCCUUUCACAAACUCCCUCGCUCUGCAUCCGUGCCGCAUACCGGGGAGACGUCGCGCUCGCCCACGGCGUUUCAAACCCUGGUGGAUCGAGAUACCACCGUCGUCCGCAUUCCCCUUCGCAGCGCAAAGCAUCAUUAUGGCGCCUCCACCUUGCGAGGCACCCGGCCGACCAAUGAAGACACUCACCAAGCGGGCGUGAUUGAUAUGCCUGCGUUCGCGAAACGCCCCCCGGCUUCGUUGACCAUCAGACGGUCGGAUAAAGACAAUUCGCCGCCCCCACCGCGCGAGAGCCAGGGAGCAGCGACGGCCAGCGGCGAUCCGCAGGUCUUCUACUUCGGCAUCUUUGACGGCCACGGCGGGUUGGAGUGUAGCACGUUCCUGAAGGAUAAACUGCACGAGUAUAUCCAGGACACGGUCUCUUCGUUCGAGCUGCGAUCGAGUUUGCGGAAAAAUCAGGAGGGCUACUAUCUUGAUGAUGCCGAGCCGUCGACCGGGAACCUGCCUAUCGUGCAAGGGGCCAAUUCCAAACGGAUUGGCGAACUAGAAAAGAAAUUGAUGCGCGACUGGAAGGGCCUUGUUGGGGGAUACUUCAAAAGAUUUGUCCCCGCUUACUUCUCGCGCAUUGGCACCAACCCCCAGGCGGAUUCCAACGAAGAUACAGGAGCCACCAUCGAAGAGGUGCUAGAGUAUGCCUUUUUGCGUGCAGAUCUGGAUUUCGUGUCGGCGCAGGCUGCGCGGAAUGACGACGAGUUGGAACAUGCCGGACAACCCCUGUAUCAGGACAACAUCUUAUACGGCCCGCGUCACCCGGCGCAAUCGUUGGCCUUUGGCGGCGGUUCGCGAUUCAAGGGUGGUAGUACGGCCAGCGUUGCCCUAAUUUCUACGCCUACCCCAAUGCCGUUCUGGCAUCCGUCGACCCCGUCCAGCCUGCUCGUAUCGCAUGUGGGCGACACUCGUAUCGUGCUCUGCUCUACGGAAACUGGCGAGGCGAUCCCCCUCACCUCCAACCACCACCCUUCCUCGCCGAUCGAGGCCAAUCGACUCCGACGAUAUGCCGCCACGUUUGUCACCGACUCGUUCGGCGAGGAGCGCAUGAGCGGGUUGGCCAACACCCGUGCAUUUGGCGACGUCCAAUCCAAGCGGAUCGGGGUGUCUGCGGAGCCCGAACUUCGACGGGUUGAAAUGGCGCCUGCGGAAUUUUCGUUCCUGGUCCUCAUGACCGACGGCAUCAGCGGCACACUCUCGGACCAAGAGGUCGUCGAUAUCGUGAAGGAAGCCAAAACCCCCGACGAAGGAUCCCGAGACGUGGUUCGUUUUGCGACCGAGGUGACGAAAGAAGGAGACAACGCUACGUGCCUUGUCGUGCGCCUCGGUGGUUGGGAGCGACGUCUCGAAGGGGGUUUGGGCAGUUUGGGAACGAAAGAGACUCGAGAAUGGCGCCGACAAGAAGCCACCGAUCCGCGCAGGUCACGGAGGUAG